GGGAAAACCUACAAUCUAAAUAAAUAUGGAUGGAUAAAUGAAACGCCGAAAUUAUAUACAUACACGGUAUUUACCUUCUCGUAAAACUUAUAUAAUCAGUUAUCAAAUAUUUAGUUGAUUUUUAAAGCUCUAAACGCUAAAAAGAUGGAUAUCACGUUGGAUGAUAGAUUAAACGUAUUGCAACAAAUUAGCCAACGAAAAUUCGUUGAGAUAUUGGAUGCAAUUCCUGGAACAAAAGAUCUGGUGAUAGAACAGAAACUUAUGAAAAUCUUGGAUAGUUUUAUAGGAGUUUCUAUUCUUAAACGCUAUGGAGUUGAAAAAAUUUAUAAAAUGGAACAAGGCUUAAAACUUACAAAUUCUCAACAUAUAUUUCUAGUUUCAAGUGAUCUAAUUGCUUGUAAGAGAGUAUUAGAUCAAAUACAAUCAGAAAUUUCACUAAAUAUGAGACCACGAUUACAGCCAAAUCAUCAUAUCCUAGUCACACCAUUUGUACCGACCGUUCUUGGUUCAAUAAUUGAAGAAGAGGGCUUGUCUGGAUUAGUUACAUUGCAAACAUUGUGCUGGGAAUUCAUAAGAUUAGAUGGAAACAUCUUAUCUCUAGAAAAUGCUAUGUUCAUUGAUCUUUAUUAUCACAAAGAUACUACUUUACUACCAGCAUUAGCGCGUUGUUUGUGGUCACUGCAACUUAUAGUUGGUGCACCUAAGCUCACAGUUUCAAUUGGGAAAUACAGUCAACAAUUACUCAAAAUUAUGGAAUCUAUGAAACAAUGUUUGGGUUCAUCAAACAUAGAAAAUGAAAUAGGAACUUUAAUUUUAAUGGAUAGAAAUUAUGAUUUUGCUACGUCACUUUUAACUCCAGUAACAUACGUUGGAUUAUUACACGAAGUGAUAGACAUAAAUGUUGGAGUAGGUAUCCUGGGAAAAUCUCAAACCAAAUUAGACCCAGAUAAAGAUCAGAUUUAUAGAGAAGUAAGAGACACACCAUGCAGUGAUGUUUUUCCAAUUUUACAUGGAAAAGCCAAAUCUUUAAAAUCUGAACAAGACGCGAUACAAACGAUGAAGUUGUCUGAAAUGGAAAAAUACGUAUCGACAAAAUUACAGAAAACUAGAGAUUUAACGCGUCAUCUUGCUUUUCAUAUUUCUGCUUGCCAACUUAUCGCGGAUACGUUAGGUUCUGAUUUUCAAACACUACAGAAAAUAGAAAAAUGUAUACUUGAAUGUAGAGAAAGAAAAGAAUGUUUCAAUUACAUCGAAAGAUAUAUAGGUAUGAAUUACUAUUUUGUUAUGUCAAGAUUCAUUUUUAAGUCGAUUUAUUUUUCAGACGAUCAUCCAUUGAGAACUUUACGUUUAUUAUGUUUACUGUCUAUCGUGAGUGACGGUAUUACACAGAAUGAAUUACACUCUAUUCAAAAAGUUCAUCUUCACGCGCAUGGUUACAGGCAUACGCCGUUAUUUUAUAAAUUACAAAGUAUAGGUUUACUAAGGUACAGAGCAGAAAAUAUUUUCCACAAAUUACCAAAUUGGACCAGUGAAUGGAACAACAACGCACAGAAACUAAAGCUUUUUCCAAGUACUUCAAAACAGGCAGAACAGCAAAGUCGAUCGUGCCCUAGUUAUGUAUUCAAUAACGCUUAUAUACCUUUAAUUGCUCAAGUAUUAAAUGCAAUUGUAAAUCAAGAAAAGGAUCCAAAGAAUCUUGAAGAAUUAGCAAAUUUAUCGAAUUGUGUUAUAAACGGUCAACGUGGUUCAUUGUUACCAAAAAUGGUGGUAAUAUGCAUCAUAGGCGGUAUUACUUACGCUGAAAUAACAGCGUGUAGAUUCAUAGAAAAGUCAACUGGUAUUCGACUUGUUCUUGCGUCUGAUAGUAUAAUAACCGGUAAUAAAAUGCUUGAAAAGGUACAAGAAAUUUAAAUGUUUUAAAAACCUUGUAUGAUAAAUAGAAUAUUUUAUAUGUAAAAAACCACAACUGUGGAAGUAUGGUUGUUUCAACAAUACACUGAAACAAUAUACAGUUACUUUUUUAUACUGUUAUUCUCAAUGUUAUUUACACGAGUGCAUACACGGCGCAAUAAUAAUCCAAUGUUAAACACCCAAAUAAAUAACAUUUAAUAUUUGA